AUGAAGUUAUGGAAAGGUGCUACUCUUGCCUUCAUGCUCUGUGGCGCUGCCUUAUCCGUUGUGCUCCUUAGAAACAUGGCUGCUCUGGGACAGACCCGACCCAACACCAAAUACCCUCAAACUCCUUCUGCGAGUCACUCCAAAUCUACUUCAAGGACUCUUUCAAACGUAUCCAGUUCUAAAUCCAAACUGGAUUCGACAGCAAUGGGUGGUCUACGGAGGAGAAGUCGAUCCGCCGAUGACAUGGACACACUUCUCUCUGAGUUCACACGCAUGUUCCAGAGCUUCACGGAGAGCGAGCUGCAGCACGUGGUGGGGGCGCUGUUGGACAGGAAGAGGAGGAGGAGCCUGGACCAGAGCAGGAGGACUAAGAGGGCACGGAGGCCCAAAUCCUGCUCGGUCAGAGAGCUAAAGCUAACAGUGAGCGAACUGGGCCUGGGCUACGAGAGCAAUGAGACCAUGCUGCUGCGCUACUGCAGCGGCAAGUGCAUAAAUCACCGUAGCAACUACGACAUCACCAUGGAGCACAUGAUGAGGACUGGCUUCAAGAAGAAGGGUCGUAAAGACAAGGUGAGCAACGGGCCCUGCUGCCGGCCCACCGCCUUUGAAGAAGACUUUUCCUUUUUGGACGAUAACUACAAAUAUCGCAAUACAGAACGUAUCAGCUAAAAACUGUGGAUGUGUAUGACCCAAAAGACUGACUCAUCUCUUCUCAUGCUGCUCAGCCUCUCAUCAUGGAUCUGGUGUUACUGUGGAGAAUAAGCUCAAUGGAAAUACUAAUGCUGUCCCAUGGCCACGCUCUGGCUCUGAGCGUGGGGACCUUCAGUGGACAGUGGAUUCAAUGUUUUACAUGAAUUUAUAUAAAGAAGACACACUGCACACACCCCGAACAAGCUCUGAUCUGAUAUCUGUUGUAACACUGAGCAAAGAGCUAAAACAAUCAUGUAGCAACACAAUGUUAGCAAUACUGCAGUCCAAUACUUAUGCCAAGUCAGAGUCAUCCUCCUCUUUCAUUCCGAUGAUAAAGCAGAUUUUGAUUUUAUCAGUUCAAAGGGGCUGUAUGCAGUUUGGGACGAAUUAUGUGAGAACAAAUUUCUGCGGUUUGAUAUAAAUUAUUUCAACAAGUUAUAAACACACCCACUUAUAACAAAUCUGUUGAGAAUUCAGGCCCUUCAUUCAUACAAAAUACAUCCAAAAUAAAGUCAGAACUCAUUUUCGUCAUUUUUUAAAAUCCUCACACUGAUUGGCAGUAGUCCAGGAUAUCCCCGCCCUCGAUACAGCUGUGAAGGCCUGCAGCUGUGUAUGUCCCUUAUUGCAGUAAAAGUAUGAUGACAUAAAUACUACAUACAGCCCCUUUGACAGCUCCAAUAGUCUGUCCAUAUGCAGAUGUGUUCAGUGUGUUCGUGGUGUCCUGCUUGGCUCUUACAGUGUUAUCACUCAGGUAAAGUGUUACUAAUAAUGCAAUCAAAUCCCUCUUUUCUCUUCUGGAGGUUUGGAUCUUACUCUGUAUUUUUAUACACCCAAAAAAUGAAAUAUUGAUGUUAAAGGUGCACUAACACUUCUUGAUGUUAAUGCUUUGUCUGGAAAGUUUCAGAAUAUGGCAUUACACAUACAGUAUUUUGCACAUAUUCAGAUGCAUGUGUUUUUAUCACUACAAAACAUACAUUGAGAAACAAAGUGUGCUCUCUUCUCCACUGAGCUGACCUGUAGCUCUCCAUGGAGAUAGAUAAGUAUAAAGCCACACUGUAGAACAUUCCAGCUAAAGCGAGAACAUCUUUUAAAUGCAUCUUUUCCUAUUCAAUUCUGAAUUGCUGAUCCAAAUGAUUUUUAUGCUAAUCUGCUUAUAAUGUAUACAUGGAAUUAACAUACACUAUUUGGAUGGGAAAAGAUGACAUCAUGCAAAAAUUUAAAGUCAAUAUUUCAUUUUUAGGAGUACACGUGACUGACGACGCCUGCUUAAAAACUCAUUAUCACUUCAUCCAAUCUGUUCUCCAUGGUUUUUAUUUUUGUCCUAAAUUCUAUUAUCAGCCCCCUGACGAUUUGCCAAAACACAUGUUAAUUCCCGAUGCAAUCAUGUACAGCUCCUGUGAAGUCAGUCUGGAGGCCAUUUGCAAAGUUUACAUUCGGCAGUGUUGGGUAAAACCGAGUUUGAAUAAGAGAGACAGAUUUAUUGAGAGAUACUGACAUGAAAACAAACUCUAAAACUGGGCUCAUAGAAUAGGAGUUCGUGUUACAUUUCAACUUUCUAAAGCAUGUAUUUUGAUUGGGAUCUAAGAUUGUAAAUUGAGAUUCAAGAAUAUUAAAAAAAGAUCUGAACUGCCAGAUUAUCAGGCUAUAGUUUCAUAAUACUUUUGUGGGAAUGUUAACUCAAGUUAUCAUCUUAAAAGUGCAUUGUGUAACUUUUCUGAUGGAGGGUCUGUCAAAUACUUGUCUGCAUGCUUUGUCUGGAAUGUUUCACAGUAUGGCAUUAAACCUUUUUAUCAUCAUGGAGACCAAAACAGGCCAAGUUACAGGUCAGAUCUGCGUUAGAAUGAAUAGUUUUCUAGGGAUUUUUAAGUUAUAAAACCACCUGCAAUUGAAUAAAUGUAAGGUAGAGCUGUUUAAUGUCAUACUGUGGAACAUUCCAAACAGAGCAAUGAUGUUUCCGUAGUAACAACAAAGUGACGGACUGCCCUACCGAAAAAUUACAGAGUGCACCAUUAAAAUUUCCAUUGGUUUACAAUUGGCGAAACUGGGAAUUUAAUAGUAUGUUACGAGACAUUUCUGAGCUCUAGUUUAAACCUGAACUGGAAAUUAGGUCAGAUUUAAAAAAUAUAAAUAAAAUAUAAUAUAAAAUACAAAUAUUCAGUCCUAGUUUAUGGUUAAUAUCUCUGUACUACGGAGAUAAAUAUCAUCAUCAUCAUCAAAAUUCCAAACUUCCAGCGCCCAUAGCCUUCCAUUGGCCAGUCCUUUGCCUCCACGUUGUUUUGCCUGCUACACUUUAGAGUAGAAGUCCCUUAUGAACUUAUGAAGCAACUUUUUCCUACUCUUCCUUUCGCCCUUGAAGCCGUCACAACAGAUUGCCUGAAGUACCGUGUUUGUGUUUUUAUGAUUAUUUUGUAAAGAAGGCGCAGCAUGGGGUGUGGAUGCGGCGCAUUUAUAUAUUGUAGUAAAGAUAUUAUUUAUUUGGUAACUAAAUUAUGUUUUGCAUAUUUAUUUAGAUUAGCACACAAGCAGAAACAGGACAGCUUAUUCUCAUUAAGCAUCUGUGCCAAAGUGUUUAUGUAACCUUCUGCUGAAUAAAGCUCAUUUCAGAGGUACUAAA